UCCUGGUACAUGCUGGUCCGCUCUAGAGAGAGUGGGUAGGUGACUGGAGAAAGUCGCAGGGCUAAGUGGAUAGAGACCUCUCAGGAGGCAGAAGAGCUAGCCUUUCACGGGAUGCAGCAGUGGAGAGAAAAGUCUCCCAGUCUGGUGCUGGGUUCCGGGGUCUCUUAAGGGAAAGAGGGGGUGACAGGCUCUGGAAAGGCAGUUGUUGCUGUGUCUUUUGCAACUGGGUCUGUGGCAAAGAAGGGGCCCCACCACCCAGUUAGGAAAUUAGUCUUUCUCUUCAACCAGGUCCCUUUAAGACAACGAGGUUGACAGUGAUGGCCCUGUAUAUAUUUGGAGGUACCUCGGAAACUUCUGAUUUUGGAGAUCAGAGUACUCAUGCUAAUGUGAUGAGGUGCCAAGAAUCAAUCCCUUGGCUUUCUCCUCAUGGGCGUGCCCACUCUCUACUCUCCAGGUCCUUUUGAUGGCUCCCAAUACUACAUCUCCUGCAGCAUCUUCCUCUCCCGGGGGCAUGUCUCUGUCUCUGCCUAUUGUCCUACUGUCUGUGGCCCUGGCUGUGGGGCUUCCUGGCAACAGCUUUGUGGUGUGGAGCAUCUUGAAAAGGAUGCAGAAGCGCUCUGUCACGGCCUUGCUGGUGCUGAACUUGGCUCUGGCCGACUUGGCUGUGCUGCUCACUGCUCCCUUUUUCCUACACGCCCUGUCUCAACGCACCUGGAGUUUUAGAGUGACCGGUUGCCGCCUAUGCCACUAUAUUUGUGGAGUAAGCAUGUAUGCCAGCGUCCUGCUUAUCACCGUUAUGAGUCUGGAUCGCUCACUGGCAGUGGCUCGCCCCUUUGUGUCCCAGAAGAUGCGCACUAAGACGAUUGCCCGAUGGGUGUUGGUAAGCAUCUGGGUGGUGUCUUUUCUGCUGGCCACACCGGUCCUUGCGUACCGUACAGUAAAACAGUACAACAGGACUCUGCUCUGCCGUUCGGAUUACCCUAGCGACGGGCAUAGUGCCUUCCAUCUGCUCUUCGAAACCACCACGGGCUUCCUGCUGCCCUUCCUGGCGGUGGUGGCCAGCUACUCUGACAUCGGACGCCGGCUGCAGGCUCGGCGCUUCCGCCGCAGUCGCCGCACCGGCCGCCUGGUGGUGCUCAUCAUCCUGGCCUUCGCGGCCUUCUGGCUGCCUUACCACUUGGUGAACCUGGUGGAAGCCGGCCGCUCGCUGGCGGGCUGGGACAAGGACGACUCCGUGGGGCAGCAUCUGCAGAAGGCCCGCAACGUGCUCAUCGCGCUGGCCUUCCUGAGCAGCAGUGUGAACCCGGUGCUGUACGCGUGCGCGGGCGGCGGCUUGCUGCGCUCGGCCGGCGCGGGCUUCGUAGUCAAGCUGCUGGAGGCCACUGGCUCCGAAGGGUACAGCUCCCGCCGCGGGGGCACCCUGGGCCAGACCCAGAAGGCCACACCCGCCAGUCCUGAGGAAGGCCCCUCUGACAACUUAAUGACCUCCUCCACCCCCUCCUGAGUGACGUGAACUGCAGUAGGCUGGGUGCAAAGACAUUCGUUGACUCUGG